UACUGCAAAUGAAUUCUUGGUCCCAUGGUUACAGAAUGUAUUUAAUUUUGAUGACGUUGGGGGUACGCUACUAUCAGAUCUUUUCUAUAUAGAGGGCCCCAUUGCCUUUGCUGCAUUGCAAACAAACAUUUUCGUAAGUUGCAGAUCAGAGAUCGAAUCCCGCAGCUUUUCUGAUCUCAGUAGAUUUCAAUUUGAGGUAAUGGCAACAUUUAAUGUUGGAUUCAAUCCUAGCUUUGAUCUUGAUUGCCCUGUCAUAAGUAGCGAAAAUGCUUGCUCUGUAAUGGACGAAAAGUUGGAUUUUGAGGUUCCUCCUUAUGUGGAGGAUGUGCUGGCAUUUGAGGUUCCCCCUUAUGCUUCCACUGAAACUUCCUGGCAUUCGAAUUCCUCAGAGGAUUUGCAGAGUGCAGAGGAAUUUAAUCAACUGGCGGUUCAUUCUUUGCUCUGUUCUCAACGUUUGUGCGCGCAGACUGCCUUCUACAAAUACAGUAAAGCUUAUCCAGCGCCUGCUGUAGAUUUUUUCAAAAGCGGCCAAAUUUUGCACAAGAGAUGCUUAGUUGUUCUCAGAAAAAUUGAGGAGGAGCGAAAAUUGACGAGGCAGAUUUCAAUGCAAACUCCUCCUCCUCCUCCUCAACUAAAGCAAUUAAAAUCAGGGUUUCCAAGGGAAUCGGCGUUUAACCAUAUGGUAGCCGAGCGGAACAGGAUAGUCAAAUUGAGAGAGUACUUCGCAAAUCUUUCUUCUCUCCUGCCUAAAAUCACCAAGAAAGAUAAGAAUUCAAUUCUCGCAAAUACCACAAGCUAUCUGCAGGAAUUAAAGCUCCGUGUUGCAGAGCUCGAACAACAAAAUCAAAUAUUGCAGGAAUCAGCUUCCAGACAUAAAGAGGAAGGAAGUAAGUGGUUCGAAUCCACGGAGAAGUCAUGUAAUUCAGACAUCAGAGUCAUUUAUAGUAGCGAUGAAGUAACUCUGGAGCAAUGGAAGAAGAGCCCCUGCCAAGUGAACAUGAAAAUAAUUAUACAGAAAGAUAAGAUUUUGUGCCCGGCAAGUCUGCUGAUCAAGCAACUAGAUCUCUUGAAAAGUAAACAGAUGGAAGUCCUCUCUAUGCAAUCACAGACAGAGCCAUUUCAAUUUCGUUCUGACAUUCUCCUCAGACCAAAUGGUGAGGUCUGGGAUGUCUCCAAUUGGCAAAAUUUUGCCACAAAAAUUAGAGAAUCCCUGUUAUGAGGAGCAGCCAUGAAUGCAAGCAGAGAAAAUCAAAAGUAAUUUAUUUUGGUGUCGAGAUUUAGUACUGAACCUGCUGUGUAAAUUCACGGCCCAAAGUAAAAGAACUUUACAGAAUAGAAAUGAAUGCCAUUUAAAUCUCUGUAGGUCAUUCGAGUUGUCCGCAUAACUACAACGGGAAAUCUGUUUCCCAAAUUCCCAUCGUACUAGAAGGGUUCAUUUUCAACUUUCCAUCGCUUUCAGACUACUAGAUUCGCUCAAUAUUGGGAUAAGGAAAAUAUAAGAUCUUUGUAAGGGCUAGGAUUGUAAAAAAGUAAUGAAGAAGAAAUUUAUUAUUAUUUGUUGGCCCA